CCAGGAUUGGUUGGUAGUGACGCCGCUGCUCGCACUCGUUCUGCCCUACUCGCGUGGUGUGUCGCGCGCUCGCCACCCCCAUCCCUUCACUACCAUUGGGCGGACAGAUACGCGCCCCUCGGCCACCCGCAGGCAUAUAUAGGACCCGCUGGCCCCAUUCAGACCCUUGUUAUGUCCAACUGCACAGUGAAGAAGCAGAAGAUGGAGGACUCCGUGCUGGAGCAGCUGAAGAAAUGCACGGUGGUGGUGGCUGAUACCGGGGACGUCAAUGCAAUUGAAGAAUACAAGCCGCAAGAUGCCACGACAAACCCAUCUCUGAUUUUGGCAGCAGCCCAGAUGCCAGCAUACAAACAUCUGGUAGAAGAUGCAAUCCAGUAUGGGAAGAAGCUUGGCGGGUCUGAACAGGAGCAGAUCAACAACGUCAUGGACAAGCUUUUUGUGUCAUUCGGAAAGGAAAUCCUGAAAGUGGUUCCUGGUCGGGUUUCCACAGAGGUGGAUGCCAGAUUGUCUUUUGACAAAGAUGGUAUGAUUGAACGUGCCAAGCGCAUCAUUGCACUGUACAAAGAAGCUGGUAUUGACAAGGAAAGAAUCUUAAUCAAGUUGUCUUCAACCUGGGAGGGAAUACAAGCUGGCAAGGUGCUUGAAGAGCAAUAUGGAAUACAUUGCAACAUGACACUGCUGUUCUCUUUUGCUCAGGCUGUGGCCUGUGCCGAGGCUGGUGUUACACUCAUAUCUCCAUUUGUGGGCAGAAUAUUAGACUGGCAUGUAGCCAACUCUAACAAGAAGAGUUUUGAACCACAUGAAGACCCAGGUGUGAAGAGCGUUACCAAGAUUUACAACUACUACAAGAAGUUUGGCUACAAAACCAUUGUGAUGGGAGCCUCAUUCCGCAACACCGGGGAGAUUAAAGCACUGACUGGAUGUGAUUAUCUCACCAUUUCCCCCAAACUGCUGGGAGAGCUCAGCAAAGACUUCUCCAAGCUCACGCCAACACUCACUGUUAAAGAAGCUCAGGCCUGUAACCUGGAAAAGAUUCACUUGCCUGAAAAGGAUUUCCGUUGGCUGCACAAUGAAGACCAGAUGGCUGUAGAAAAGUUGUCGGAUGGGAUCAGAAAGUUCACUGAAGAUGCUAUAAAACUGGAAAAGAAGUUAAAGGAGCAACUUGGAAACUAA